AUGGCAAGUCCUGACUGGGGAUAUGAUGGUGAAAACGGUCCUGAACACUGGUGCAAACUGCAUCCCAUUGCAAAUGGAAAUAACCAGUCUCCUAUCGACAUUAAAACCAGUGAAACCAAGCGUGAUCCCUCUCUGAAGCCUCUCAGUAUCUCGUACAAUCCAGCCACAGCCAAAGAAAUCGUCAACGUGGGACAUUCCUUCCAUGUAAACUUUGAGGACAGUGAUAAUAGAUCAGUGCUGAAAGGUGGUCCUCUAUCUGAAAGCUACAGGCUGCGUCAGUUCCAUUUUCACUGGGGCAGCACUGAUGACUGUGGCUCUGAGCACUUGGUGGAUGGAGCCACAUUUUCUGCAGAGCUUCAUUUAGUUCACUGGAAUUCUGCCAAGUACCCCAGCUUUGCUGAUGCCGCCUCGCAGGCUGAUGGUUUGGUGAUCGUCGGCGUUUUGAUGAAGGUGGGUCAGGCCAACCCAAACCUUCAGAAAGUACUUGAUGCCCUAAAAACAGUUAAAACUAAGGACAAGAAAGCUCCAUUCACAAAUUUCGACCCCUCUGUCCUCCUGCCUUCAUGCCCUGAUUACUGGGCCUACUUUGGUUCACUGACUCACCCUCCUCUUCACGAGAGUGUCACCUGGAUCAUCUUUAAAGAGACCAUCAGUGUGAGCGCGGAACAGCUGGCGCAGUUCCGCAGUCUGCUAGCAAAUGCUGAAGGCGAUAAAGAAGUCUGCAUCAAGCAGAACAACCGACCACCCCAACCUCUGAAGGGCAGGACAGUGAAAGCUUCAUUCUGA